AUGUUCGGACUCAUAAACCAACUGGUCAAGCCAAAUUUUGCUCAGUUCUCUGUGGGUCUCCCUACCAGAUUGGGGAAACGUUUUUCUCACGAGCUGGCUCCAAGAUUCAAGCAUGUUGGAAAGAAACACAAGGGUAGAAUUACUGUUAGAACUGGUGGAUCGAUCAAGGGAUCCACUGUGAAAUUUGGAGACUACGGAUUGAGACUAAAAUCAGUUGGUGUGAGGAUGGAUGCCAACCAACUAAAAGAGGCCGACAAUGUGAUCAUGAGAAUGAUGAGACCGGUAGGCGGAAAACUUUGGAGAAGACUUUGCACGAACAUUGCCGUGUGCACCAAGGGUAAUGAGACUCGUAUGGGUAAAGGUAAAGGGCCCUUUGAUUACUGGGCUGUUCGAGUUCCUACAGGUAAAAUAGUGUUUGAGGUUGGAGGUGAAAACUUGCACGAACAAACUGCCAAAGAUGCUUUUAGAAAGGCUGCUGCCAAACUGCCUGGAGUCUUCGAGUUCGUUAAGAAAUCUGAUACUCCAAGAGUUGGACUGCACGAUGUCCAGAAGCCAAAAUCUCCAGUCAAUGAGCUAGAAAAGUUGAAGCAAAACCCCACCAAGGAGUUUCUCAAUGUGUUAAAGUCCAAACAGAGGGAAUACGUCUUGUAUAAUGGAAGGAAGAGGUAA